AUGGGAGCAUACGCAGCCUCAAAGAACGCCAUCCGCGGCUUGAGUCAAUCAGCUGCAUAUGAAGGCGGUGCCAAGUAUCCCAAGAACCCCAUCAGAGUCAACCUUCUAUGCCCAGGAUGUAUUGAUACCGACAUGAUCCGGCAGCCUCUAUACUUGCCCAAUGGUGCAGGUACAUGGACGAUGACGGAGGGCGAUCACUUGACAUCAAUCAUCAAACGCUACUCCAAACCGAAGGAGAUUGCUGCCUCCAUAGCAUUCUUACUGGGAGAUGAGAGUAGAUUCAUGACAAAGCAGGAGAUAUACGUUGACGGUGGCUGGAUGGAGGCCAACUAUGUAGCUUAG